AUUACGUUUACUAACUAUUGGUAAUUUGCGAGGCCCUUUGAGCUCUCCUCUGUGUCUACACCUCUCACUCGGGCUCUCUACACUUGUUCGCGCGUGCAAACCCGCAAAACCCUCUAUAACUAGUGCGCGCACCAAUUUCAUUAUUUCAAUCUCUUUCUCUCUCUCUCUAUAUCGCGAAUGGACUGGUUUCUCUCACUACUACUCCGAAUCACUAUCAUCCCCUAUAAUUCAGGGGUUUUCUGCAAAUUCUAAGGUCUUUCAGCUUAUCCACUGUUUCUUUCCCAAAAUUACGUUAGAGCUUAUGUGCUUGUUGAUCGUGGAUGAUCAAAGAUGAGGGAAAUAGUGACUAUCCAAGUUGGUGGGAUUUCAAACUAUAUUGGCUCUCACUUCUGGAAUUUUCAAUCUUACUCUUUGAAGGAUGAGUUGCUUGGAUUGGCGGAGGAAAACAAUGGAGAUCCUGUAUACAAGAACACAGACAUGGACAUGGAUGUCUUUUAUCGUGCGGGUGAAACCCAUCAGGGCAUUCCUACAUACACCCCUCGUUUGCUCUCUAUCGAUAUGCAAGGAGCCCUUGGUUCACUACGUGCUUCGGGUUCAUUAUAUGAAGGGGUGCCAUCGCUUGAUGCUUCUUCUGUUGUUACUUGGAAAGGGAAAAGUACCAAACAUGUUUCUGAACCUCAUAAAAAGAAUCUGUUUUUACAAAGUUUGGAGGAUGAGGAUGAGAGCUUGAGUUAUUGCAACGAACUGGCUGGUGGGAUUGAAGACAAUCAGACCCAAGAAGACAAGGAUAAACAGUGUGUUGAUUGUCUGGAAAAUGGGGUUGAGUUCUGGACUGAUUAUUCAAAAGUGCAUUUCCAUCCUCAGAGUUUGUUUGAACUGAAUGGGUUAUGGAGGGGACCGCAUGAGUUUAACAAUUAUGGAACAGGGAGAGAGGUCUUUUCGGAAUGCUUGCAGGGGGAAGAGAUUAGUACGAGGUUGCGGUUCUUUGUUGAAGAAUGCGACCAUAUGCAGGGUUUCCAGUUCAUUGUUGAUGACUCCGGUGGAUUCUCAAGUGUAGCUGCUGAGUUCUUAGAACAAAUAUCAGAUGAAUACAGAAAUAUACCGAUUUUGCUUUAUGCCGCAAGAGGCCCUGACAGUUACACCAAUAUUCCAAGCUGGAAAGCUUCUAUGUCGAAGAAUCUCCAUGAUGCUAUCUCUUUCUCUAGGCUAUCUUCCUUCUGUAACUUGAUGGUGCCACUUGGAUUACCUUCCCUGAGUCAAAGCGAUGCUUCCAGGUUUCUCUGUGUUGAUGAUGCGAAACCUUUCCACACUAGUGCAGUCUAUGCGGCUGCCCUACAUUCCAUAUCUCUUCCAUUCAGAAUGAUGUUGCCAGGACCCUCUGCCAACUCUGAACUCAUUGCUGGUGCUCUUGAUAUUGGUACUAUGACCCAAAUGUUAUCAGGUCAAGCCUGGCAAAACAUGGUGACCAUUCUUGAUAUGGCGAUGCCCUCUCCUCUGAUUGGAGAACGAAAUGAGGUAGGUCUCCAUCGGAGUUUGCGUUCUUUAACGCCUAACAUUGCAGAGGGCAGUGAAGACAGGCGAGGGGUAGAAACAAUGGUCAUUCACGGAGCCCUUUUAUCAGGUGGAAGCCGAGCUUCAAUCCACCAAGUCAAAAACUCCAUAGAAUAUGGCUACCAAAAUCAAGCAAUUAGACCAUUAUUUUCUCAUCUUUCCACAUCGCUCUGUCCUCUCCCAAUACCACUCCCCUUCCCUUCCAUCUUUGGGAACCGCAUCGGUGGUUACGGUGAAAUACUAGAAGAACCAAUAUUUGGGGUUCGAGCAAGAGGCUCCCUUGGAGUUUCAUCAAUCCCAAUGGCUACAAGGCUACGUUCAAGCAAGGCAAUCUUACCCUUCAUAGAGAAGAGGCUGGCAGAUAUUCGAAAGCUUGGAACUGCAAGGGGUUCCUAUGGUGUCGAGCUUCUUCAAAGUUGGGGGUUUCAGAAAGAUGAAGUUGACGACAUGGCAGAGGGGCUUGCGAAGAUGGCACAUGCUUUGAAGGACCAACCUGAAAUCUCCUCGGAUUCAGACUAGGCAGUUGUUUUGUAAUGUUUACGUGAGCAAAUUUUGCAAGAUACUCUUUGAAGAAAAGGCAGUUUAGUUAA